GUUACAAAUGGAGAUGGCUCUGAUGUAGGGAGAUGCCCCUCUGAUUUGAGGACCAUCUCGGCAAAGGGGGAUUGGACCAGCCAAAGCAGUGACCCUCUGGAGCCCUGUUUGGGGUGCCCCGGCUUGACCCCCCUCACUGGCCCUGAGGGCCACUCCCUCCCCAUAUCCCCUGCCCUUGCUAUGAGCUGUGGCAGCUAAUCUUCCCCAGCCCUGUAUUCAUCAGCUUGUGGAGUGGGGCAGGGGGCAGCCUGCACUGGCUGAUUGGGAACUUGCUUUUGCAGGCACAUGAAAAUGUGAGCGAUGGAUCCCUGCGAGGUGGACAGAUCAGGGUGACGGCUGCUGACCGGCUCCCAGCCCCGGACACCUUGCGUCACCUGCCGACAUGUCUGAAGGGCUCUCCCGCAAGGUCCCGGUGACGUUUGACGACGUUGCCAUCUAUUUCUCUGAGGAGGAGUGGGAGAUUUUGGCAGAAUGGCAGAGGGAGCUUUACAAGGAGGUGAUGAAGGAGAACCUGGAGACUGUGCUUUCUCUAGGAUUCCAGAUCCCCAGACCUGGCAUCGUGUCCCUGAUGGAGCGAGGGGGAGAGGCUUGUGUCCAGUAUCCCAAGGACCCUGCACCUGAGACCCACUUUGGGGGAGACGGCUUGCUAGGCCCUGACCAAGAAGCGGACGCCAUCGAGCGGGUUGCGGAGCGGCCUAGAGAAGCCCCUUCUCUCCCCAGCUGUGAUGCACGUGUCCAGUGGGGCUGGAGCAGCUGCAGCGAGUUGGGACCGCGGGGGCAGCCUGGGUUACUGGGCCCCUGGGGAGCUGGCUCUGGAGCUGUGCCCGACGGGCGCGAAGACACCUCCGGGCUGCAGCCGAACCGCCAGCAGAGCCAGGCAGAGGAGCAGCCGCGCCCGCGCCCCCGGGCCCGCACACGGGCGAGAAGCCCCACGCCUGCGCCCAGGGCGGGAAGAGCGUCGUCAAGCGGUGCGCACCGUGGGGGACCUUCAUCCUGCGCUCCAACCUGGUGCCGCACCUGCGCACCCGCUCCGGCGAGCGCCCCUAGCGGAGUGCCCAGGGCCGGAAGGGAUUCAUCCGCCACUCCCAGCUCCCGCGCCCCGGGGACGGGGAGCCCCCCUGCCGCUGCCUCAAGGGCGUCCACCAGCCGACCAACCUGGCCACUCACCAGUGGACUCACCUGGCGGAGGGGGCCCUGCCAUGCAGCCAGCCGGGCCGGGCCUUGCUGAGCCCCAGGGAGAGCUGGGAGCAAUGUUCCCUCUCAAUUUUUGACAGGCCGUGUGCGCAGAAAAUCUCUUCUGUGCAAAUGGCUGUGCACGCGGUGUGUCGCCGUGUGCACGGGGUUUGGGAUCUGUGUGCGCACGCACAUGUGCACAGCUUGCAGGGCACGGGGCCUAGGAGGGAAGCAGCCGACGCGGUCGGAGGCUGGCGGAGCCGGCUCCUGUUCAGCCAGGCCUGCAUUCCUCUGGCAACACCAACAGGGUCCUAGGUGGGCAACACUCAGCCAAGCACCGUACC